AUGAGUGAAUUUGAUUUCAGGAAACUGAAUGUAAUGAAUAUGGAAAGUUCUUCCUUGAAAACAGACAUGCCUUAUGAAUGUAAGAAGUGUGGAAAGGCCUUCCAUAGGAGGACAGGACUUCAUGAACAUCAAAAAGUUCACACUGGAGAGAAACCUUAUGAAUGUAAUAUAUGUGGAAUGGCCUUUCACUGGAGCACGGGACUUCUUCGACAUCAGGCAGUUCAUACUGGGGAGAAAUCUUAUGAAUGUAAUAUAUUUCAUAAUGGAGAGAAACCUUAUAAAUGUGACAGAUGUAGUAAGGCCUUCUCUCAGAAGGCAGGACUUAUUCAACAUGAGACAAUUCAUACUGGAGAGAAGCCCUACAAGUGUAAUAAAUGUGGGAAGGCCUUCUGGCAGAGCACACAUCUUGCUCAACACCAGAGUGUUCACAGUGGACAGAAACCUUGUGAGUGUCAUGAAUAUGGCAAGGCCUUCUCCCAGAAGACAGGACUUACUCAACAUGAGAGAAUUCAUACUUGA